AAAGCUCAGGGGGCGUGAAAGAGUCUAGGCGCUGGAGCCCAAAGCCAGAGAGAGCUGCAGAGAGCUGCCAGCUGCACCGAGCGUGUUCCGCAGCUGUAGGCACCUGUCGUCCUGCCUUCGAUGGCUCCUCCCUCCGUCCCCCUGGUCCUCCUCCUCAUCCUCUUGCUGGGCCUGGCAGAGACUCCAGCAUCCGCACCUGCCCACCGGGGACGAGGAGGCUGGACCCUCAAUAGUGCUGGCUACCUUCUGGGUCCCGUCCUCCACCUUCCCCAAAUGGGUGACCAAGACCGGGUGAGGGAGACAGCCCUUCAGAUCCUAGACCUGUGGAAGGCCAUCGAUGGGCUCCCCUACUCCCACCCUCUGCAGCCCUCCAAGAGGAACGUGAUGGAGACGUUUGCCAAACCGGAGAUUGGAGAUCUCGGCAUGCUCAGCACGAAAAUUCCCAAGGAGGAAGAUGUCCUGAACUCAUAGAUGUCUCCGAAUCCCUAUUCCUAUCCUUCUUCUCCAGCUCCUUCUGUUUCCUCUGAAACCCUUUCUAGGUACCCUACGCUGAGACUAAGAUCCUGAAGUUAAAUACCCAGGUCUCAUGAAGACAUUGUAAAGCAUUUGAAUUAUUCUAAAAAAUUUCUGGAGUUUCUUAGGUUUUAUUGAUUCAUCCUUGAAAUCAGUAAUUCGAGGACUAGUUGGAAGAUUCUGGGGUAAUCAGGGAAUAUUCCUGCAACACAUUUAAAGGAAUUGUGUUCUUUUGGAAUCAUCCCACGAGCUAUUGCAUAAU